AACCGGGAAGUUUGAGGCACCUUCGAUAACCAUUACAUCACCAUACUUCCCUCAGUAAUUUACUUAUUGUGGGCAAUGGUUAACGUACCGGGCUUUGUCAUUCCAUUUAAAUAUAAUUAGAUACAGGAUAUAAAAGUGAGAAAGAAGACCACAAUUGUUGUUUCCACACAUGUCCGCUAGUGGCGCUGUGGUGCGUGAUGCUUGGGUGAGUCAAGUUGCAAUGGUAACACGAAGAAGAGCCGCCAAAGAGGAAGCAAGCCAGCCAGCAAUAACAAACAAACAAACCAGACAACAGAGCAAUCUUUUAUCUUCUCAACGACAGAUGAACAAAACGUCCUACUAUAUAGCCCCAACUUUAUGCUAUAACGUGCGUAAGUCCUGUAUGUGAGACAUCGAGCCACCACUGUCGUGUAAAGAAUUGAGCUCUUAGCUAACGUUUACCAAAACAAGUCGCGCAUCAGCUAGCGCUAAUCCUUCGUGGCUAGCGUUUUCCCGUACACGAACAAGACCUCGGCCGCUAGAUUGUCAAGUCACACUCAUUUUACACAGUGACAUGUGAGAGAGCCAAGGGAGAAAGCUGGGACCCAUUUCAACGGUGCCGUGACAUUAGCAUCUUAUCCGCUGCAACCAACCUUCCAAGGAUGCUUCAUCAAGGUGGGUGGUGGAUGGGAGUGCGCUGGACUCUCCUUUCCAUCACGUUCUGCUGCUUACCUCCCUCGCCCACACAUGCCUAUAUCUAUGCUCAUUAUAGAAAUAUCACCAUGUUGUUUGAGGAUCUACCAGCACUGUUUGGAUCACCACUUCCUAAGGAAGGAAUCAUGGGAGUCUUAGUGGUGGCUCGUCCUCUAAAUGGCUGUGCAACAAUUGACCCUCCUCCUCCACUGCCACCAUUUUAUGAUACCAACAUCACGAAAUUCGUAGCGCUCAUCAGACGCUAUGAUUGCAAUUUUGAUCGAAAGGUCCUGCAUGCGCAGCAAGCUGGGUACAGUGCUGCAAUCGUUCACAACAUGUACUCAGACUCUUUGCUCAAUAUGAACUACAGCAAUUAUACUAUCGCAGAGCAGAUUGGCAUCCCCUCAGUGUUCACCAGCUACUACGCCUCCCAAGUUCUCAAGAAUUUCAUAAUUCCAGAACAAGGAGCCUAUGUGAUUCUCAAGCCAGAGUUUGCUUUCCCACUCUCAUACUACCUUAUUCCCUUCACCGGAGUGGUUGGCAUGAUCAUCCUUGUGAUGUUUAUUAUCUUGGUUAUACGCUGUGCACAGCACAGAAAGAGGUUGAGGAAAAACCGCUUGUCCAAGGAACAACUGAAGCGGAUCCCGACUCACAAAUUCACCAAAGGGGAUGACUAUGAUGUGUGUGCCAUAUGCUUAGAUGAGUAUGAAGAAGGAGACAAACUGCGAGUUUUACCCUGUUCGCAUGCUUACCAUUGCAAGUGUGUGGACCCGUGGCUGACCCAGACCAAGAAGACGUGCCCCGUGUGCAAACAGCGAGUCACCCGCAGCAACCCCGAGCACUCCGAGUCCGAGUCCGAGGAGGAAACCGGAGGCCGAGGAGAAGGAGAAGAAACGGAGGGUGAGGCCGACUCGGAGCGCACGCCUCUGCUCCGCGCUUCGAACCGGGGCUCCCCUUCUGGGGCUCCCGGGGCGUAUUCCGCCACCACCGCAGCUACGGUGACCACCGCUCAGUGCGUCGCCUCGCCGGCUCACAGCGACUCCCCCAUCCUCGGUUUCGAAGGCUACUAUUCGCCCCAGGAGGACACGGACUCAGAGAGCAAUGAGACAGAAGAUGAGACCCACCACGUUGACGAUGACACCGCUCAGCUCAUUGGUAGGGCUACAGUGCACAUCUGAGGGCGGGAACGUCAACUUGACUUCACAUGAAAAGGGCCUUACUGUCACCACCUUGAUGUUCUUGGUAUAUUUAGCGCACUGUCCGAAAAAGUAAUUUUGUUCUCUAGCAACCACACGCAGGUCAAUCUUACCAACACACAAAUUGGAUCGGUUUGACUAAACUGUGUCAUUACAAAUGAAUGCAUAUCUAAACCUGCCACAAUUGAAAGAAUGACUCCGUCAAAAUCACAGGUUGAAUGAAUGCUGAGCUCAUACCCGCGUUAAGCGAUGUUGCGAGAAGCGAGGACACCUGAUCUCGCCCGCAUCCUGAUUCCUUCAUACGUGUUAGUCCGUCCUCUUCAUCCGUCUUAUAUUGCACACUUUAGAUUGCGUAUUUUAGAUUUUCUUAAUCACACACUAAGAUAUAUAUACUCUUACAUAGUUCUGCAAUAUAUAUAUUGUUAUUGCUCAAAGACAGGUUUAAAAAUACCAUUUAGCUUUAAACUAAUUCUGAUUCAUAGUAAAAAAAAAAAAAAAAAAAGAUCUUGUGGUCAGGGAGGAUGGGUUAUGAAGUUGCAAAGUGUUGAUAUUGGUGUUUUUUUUUUUUUUUUAUAUAUAUAUAAAUAUACAAGUGUCAAUGUUUUUUUUUGUCAAAUGCCCCCCCCCACCCCCAAGGUUUCUGGUGAGCUUCUGUGCAGUGCACCUCUGUUCAAAUUUAGAUAAUUUUUGGACCAUUAUCAAGUACAUCAUUUUAUGACUUGCACUUUUAUUUUAAAUUAGUGGAGUUAGCGUAGGACAAAAGCAUUGCCUUACUUUUGCAUUGAUGUAUGUUCAGAAACUUAAGGCUCACACUCCCUAGUUUUUGUCAUGUGUAUUGUCUUUGUGCUGAUUUUUUUAAUUUUUAUUUUUUUAAAUGAAGUAGAGGUCCGUCACCUCCAAAAGUGAGUCAUGGACAGUGGUAGUCAUACUUGAUUUGCACACACAAGAAAUGUUGUGUCACGUUCCCCUACAUUGGUCUGGGUGAGCUCUAGGCAGUUUAUUAUUCAAAACUUGAAAGUAAUAACACAUUUGUAACACUUACAGACUGGUUCGCUGCUUGGUGUGAAUACACUUUCCACUUUAUCUGAGAUUAUAGUCACAGUUGGAAUAUCUGUUAUAAAUGUGGUAUUUCGAUUUCAUUUCUGCUUUAUGCUUGAUUAUGUUGAGCUUACCGUUGUCAGUUUUCUCCCAGUCAUAAAACAAGAAAUUCAGAUUUUUCCGUUCGAUUGACUCAUGUUAAAAUAACUAUUUUGUCCAUUUAAACGUCAUGUACAACAGUUCAACCAUCUCCAACUCAAUUUCAGUGACCGUUCUUGUUUGCCUGUGACGCCUGCUUUAGCAAUACAACAGCUGCUUUUAACAGAGGAAUCUCUAAACCCCACAUUUUCUGUCUUUUAGAAUUUGUGCUUAUCAGACUUCAUACAUUUAAAAUGUUGAGUUUAAAUACAGUUUAUAACGAAAAUGUGAUGAUGAUGAUGAGGUUGUCAUAUUCAAUGGGAAGUGGGUAUUGAAUCCCUCAUCAAUGGAAGAUUAAAUUGAAAAUGAGUGAAAUCUUCAAA